ACCGGCCAACGGGCGACUCCCCCAGUCCCCACCACCUCCCCCACUUUCUCCACACUCCCAUCUCAUAUCAGCAGUUUCCUUGUGAAUCCAACACCCCCGCUCCUCCGCAUCUUCCGCCAUUUCCUUCAUCCAAACACCGUCCGCUGCUCCAUCUCCCGCGCUCCCCUCCUCUCCCCGCCGUCGCCAUGGAUCCCCACCCCACCCCCUUCCGAGCGAAGCGGAAGUCGGUUGCUGCGCCGGCAAAGACGCCAGCGCCGAAGCCCAAGUCCGUCACCACCGCGCGCGGGAAAAUGACCACCUCCGCCACCACCAGCGCCGUCUCCGGCGGGGCUGCUCCCCAGCCACGGCCACGGCGCGCGUUCGGCACUGUCCGGAGCAGCAACCCCCUGGCCGAGAAGCCGGCCCCGCCGCCGCCGCAGAAGCAUUCAAAGCUGUCGCCCCCGCCCCCGCAAAAGCCUUUGAAGGUGUCGCCGCCGAAGCUGCAGAAGCCUGCGGCAAAGUUGUCGCCUCCGCCUCCGCAGAAGACUGCCAAGGUUUCGCCGCCACCUCAGCAGAAGCCCUCGAAGCUGUCUCCGCCGAUUCCGGCCAAGGCGGCCAGGCCUUCUCGUCCCGCAGAAAAGCCACUGAAGAAAGCUUGCCCAGCGCCCCCGGAUCUGGCGGCCAAGGCCAAGAAGAAGAGCCAGAGGGUGAGCUUCCAGGAUGACGUGGCAGCGCUGGCUGUCCCCGGAAGCGGGGAGAAGGUCAAAGCCACCGAAGACUCUGCUGGGCGCACGCCUAUGGUGCCUGUCAAAGCCCUGGAGAAGAAGCCGGCGAAGGUUGUGGCCGCAGAGACCCCGUUCUUCAGCGCUCAGAAUUGCAGCAGCUGCACGCUUGAUCAGCUCGAGUCCGCCUCCUACUGGCUGGCACAGAUCCACCUGGCCGAGUCUGUUGGCAAGCACAAUGUCUCUGCGGCAUUCUUCCGCCUUGCAUUUGAAUGCCAAGCUCAGCCAUUUCACAGGAUCCGAAGUGAGCUCAGGAACUAUGUGGUGCGCCAUGAGAGUGCUAGCACUUUGACCCCUUUAUUCCAUGAGCUCCUGGUUGCCCAUGCCAUGGCAGUGAACCAACUAAAGUUUGACACUGAUGGUUCUGAAAGGGUGGAUACACCUGCAACUACAAAUACAGUUGAUCAAAAGCUCGAUGCUACCACACUGGUGCAUGAAUGCUCUGAACGUGAUUGUGGUGGUGAUCUUGUUGAUGUGGGGGAAGUCAGUGUUAUCAAACAAGGAGAGGAAGAGAUGGACCAACCGAGCUUUGAGCAGAAACUGGAUGCAAGUUUUGCAUUUGAUGAUUGUGAGGCUGUCAUCGUGGACCGGCUAGCGGAAGAACAUUCUGAAUUCGAAAAGAUUAUCGGUGUCAAAGGUCCUUGUGACAGUGAAACAGUCCAGUCAGCUUGUCGCUCUUCCAUCGACAGGCUGAGCUUGAGAGGACCCCCUCUAGCAAGGGGAGCAUCUGAAAGACGCCUCUCGUCAGAGAGCCAUUUAGAUAAAUUGUCUCCGUCUGCAGGGAGCUUGUCUGCAAAGCGCUCAUCAUCAUCUGGUAGCCCUUUCAACAACUCUCCGUUCUGCCGGGGCUCAUUACAGAGGUUCACAUCCAGUUGCCCUUCUUCUAAGAAGUCCUCCGCUAAAGGCGGCCUGUCCUCAAAGCGGAUAUCAUCUGGUGGCUGCUCUGAUGGGGAGCCUAUUGAUACUGCUGGAGCUGGUGAUUCUAGCAGAGUGAUUGAGGAAGGGGAAGCUGGUUGUCAUGCUACAGAGCUGCAUGCAGUUGAACCGAUGAAAUUGAAAGAGCAUGGGGAGUAUGAUGAUGCUGCCAUUGAUGAGACCCAGUAGCUGCUGGAGAUGGAGCCACGACGACCUCAAUGAACUAAUAUAAAGUUACCGUAGAUGCUGUCUAGUCUAGUUUGAUUAUGCGUGUGUUGUGUAUGCUGCGAGUUAGUUUGCAACUCUCAAUUGCUUAGUUUGCUCUGUUUUUGUGAGCAACGAUCAUCACGCUCUGAUGAUCUUUGAGGGGCUUGACAGGUUUAGCGUGUGUGCUGGCUGCGUGAAGUGAUGUGGUGCUUGCUCUUGGUUGAUACGGAAAUCAACCAAACCUUUUGGAUUUCAGAUUGUAAGCGGAGCGGAGUUCCGCCUAUGUAUGACCUUGUGAAUACUAGUACUACUAUGCUUUGCCUUCUUCUCA